AUGCGGUGCAGUGGCAGCUUCAUUGCGGGUGUGGAUAUUAGCUUCCUGAAAGGCUCGGACGAGCACGCGUGCGCUUCGGUCGUAGUGCUCGACUUCCCGGCGUUGACGGUAUUGUACGAGGCCUUCACCUACGUGUCCCUUCCAGCUCCGUAUAUUGCCGGCUUUUUGGCAUUUCGAGAGGUGCCCGCGCUCACAAAGCUGUACGAUGAUCUCCGUCGACGCCGACCCGAGCUGCUGCCUGACGUGACGCUGGUGGACGGCAACGGUGUCUUGCACCCUCAGGGCUUCGGUCUGGCCUCACACUUUGGUGUUCUCGAGAAUAUCUCAACCAUUGGUGUAGGCAAGACAUUUCUUCACGUCGACGGUCUCACCAAGCCCGAUGUGAAAGCGUUGAUGGCCAAGGCGCGAGAAGAUGGCAGCGAUCUCGUUUGGGGAGCUGCGCUAUGCGGCACAACUGGCGUCAAGAAUCCCGUCUACGUGUCGGUGGGGCACAUGCUGUCGCUGGAUGCAAGUGUAGCCAUCGCCCAAGCUUGUUCACAGUACCGCGUUCCCGAGCCAAUUCGCCAGGCUGACUUGCGCUCUCGAGAAGUAAUACGUAAGUGGGAAAACGCAGGAGCUGUCGAUACGACACUCGACAUGUACCAUGCAUAUGCAUCAUCUGGCACAUAG